AUGACAGCGAUUCUCUUGGGUAUCAUCAUUUACGGGUUAAAUUUGAUCGGAACAAUAUUUCCUGACUUCUGGAAUCCAUCUGAUUUGGGUGAAACUCUUCAAUAUGAUCUCACUUACGUGUUAUUCUCCACAUCACUGGGUUUAAGCUUAAUCACUUAUUUUAAGGCGAAGCAAAUGGGGCUAAUGAGUGGAAUUGAUACUGAACGACAAAACUUUCUGAUUAAACAGAUGAUAGCAAUCAAUUUCCCGCUUAUUUGGGACUAUUUCAUUGUUGCGAUGGUUCAAAUCCCAUUGGUUCGAAUCAGCCCCUUUCUCUCUGCAUGGCUCUAUUUCUAUGAAGACGUCUUUGGACUAUCUUUUAUUCCUAUUUGGGCAGGCUUGGUGACUUAUUACUUGUUAAGAAGAACAGCUGGCGUCAAAAAAGUGAACUCGAAGACCAGCACGAAUGUUGGCUCUCUAUUUUUGGCCGUCAAUGGAUUGACUUGUCCAACCGGAUGGACUCAACUCCCGAAUGAACCCGUUUGCAUCUAUGCUGUUAAACAACCCGCUAUCUAUAUGGACGCGUUGUGGCAAUGCGAGCAAUUGGGUGGAACUGUUGUGAAAGUGCAGAAUGCUUUUGAGAACAGUUUUAUCUUCUCAUAUGCAGCUCAAGCUUUCAACACCACCGAGCAAUUCAUCGGCAUGCAACAACAAACGAGUGGAGCCUGGGUCUAUGCCGAUCGUACCAUCCCCUCUUACCAAAGCUGGGCCGUUGGCGAACCGAAAAACGGCACGAAUUUCUGCGCUAUCCAGGACUCGUUGAAUGUGCAAUGGAAAACCGCCGAUUGCCGCCAGGCUCGACCAUUCUUUUGCUCGAUGGCCGCUUACAAAUGCCCUCUUGGAUGGAAAUACUUUGACAAGACUGACAGCUGCUAUUAUGCAAAGGAGCUCACCGGUGACCGCUACACAUGGAAAGCCGCCGAGUCGCAAUGCCAGAAAAUGGGCGCUCACUUGGUCUCCAUUCACUCAAUUGAUGAGGACGAUUUCGUUUACAGCUUGGUACCUCGAUUGACCGUUUCUUCAUGCGAAGGAGCUUUUGUUUGGAUCGGUUUGGAUGGAAAUGGCAAAAAGGGAAGCGGCAGCUGGUCUGAUGGAUCCACUGUUGAUUACGGCUUCUGGUCGGCGAGUACCGGAUAUUGGGGUAUGCCAAGAGCUUCUGAUGCAAAUGGGUACUGUUCAUCACCUGAAUAUGACUGGUACAGCACAGUGCUCAAUCAUCAAUUUGGUCGUUUCAUCUGCAAGAUGAAGAGCACU